CAUCUGCCAUGUCAUGGACGACAGGCCUUCCGGACCAAUGUUCUAAAGUACUAUUCGUCUAAGUAGCAGAGCCAAAUUGACAGCUACCACCAGCCCCUACCCGGCUCUCCUUAACUCUUCUUCAAGUGGGGUAUUCAUGGAACGACCAACCAUCUUUAUUGCCCGCACGAGAUAACACGUUACUGGAGGUCUCUCCUAUUUCAACCCUCAGAUAGACAUUCCAUACCCUCUGUAUUUUCAUCUUUAGUUCUUCACCCUGUUCUCCAAUCAUUCUUCCAAUUUGUUCUUCUUCAUUUUGUUCGCCUCAAAAUGGCAGGAAACCCAGUAAAAUGGGUGUAUUUGAUCCUAGCAAGCUAUCUAUUCUUCGAUCUAGUCCUCGCUGCAGACACCCACAUAGCGAAGAAGACAUAUAUUGUCCAAAUGGACAAGUCGGCAAUGCCAAAAUCUUUUACCAAUCAUCUCGAAUGGUACUCCUCGAAAGUAAAAUCAGUUCUGUUCAACCCGGAGAAAGAAGGUGAUGCGGGAGAUGAUGAUAGGAUAAUUUACAGUUACCAGACAGCUAUUCAUGGAGUUGCCGCUCUGCUGAGCCAAGAAGAGGCUGAGAGGCUAGAGGAUGAACAUGGUGUAGUGGCUAUAUUCCCAGAUACAAAGUACCAGCUACACACCACAAGGAGUCCGGCGUUCCUUGGGCUUGAACCAGAGGAUAGCACUAGCGUCUGGUCUCAAAAGGUCUUGGACCAUGAUGUCGUAGUGGGAGUGCUCGACACUGGAAUCUGGCCAGAGAGUGAGAGCUUCAACGAUACGGGCAUGACACCGGUGCCUGCUCAUUGGAAAGGAAAAUGUGAGACAGGCAGAGGAUUCGAGAAACAUCACUGUAAUAGAAAGAUUGUGGGUGCCAGAGUGUUCUACCACGGGUAUGAAGCUGCUACUGGGAAAAUCAACGAGCAAACCGAGUAUAAAUCCCCUAGAGAUCAAGAUGGGCAUGGAACUCACACUGCAGCCACAGUUGCAGGCUCUCCAGUACGCGGUGCAAACCUUCAAGGAUAUGCGUAUGGGACAGCAAGAGGAAUGGCACCAGGUGCAAGACUUGCAGUCUACAAAGUUUGCUGGAGUGGUGGGUGCUUCAGCUCGGAUAUUCUAUCCGCGGUUGAUAGAGCUGUGGAUGAUGGAGUGAACGUUUUGUCAAUAUCUUUAGGCGGUGGAGUGUCUCCUUACUAUCGUGACAGUUUGUCCAUCGCAGCUUUUGGGGCAAUGGAGAUGGGUGUUUUUAUUUCGAGCUCAGCUGGGAAUGGAGGGCCAGACCCUGUCAGUCUCACAAACGUGUCACCCUGGAUUACCACUGUUGGUGCCAGCACCAUGGAUAGAGAUUUCCCGGCCACCGUUAAGCUGGGAAAUGGCAGAACCGUCAGUGGUGUUUCACUCUAUCGAGAGCGAAGGAUUCGCGGGUCAAUAAAUAAGCAAUACCCAAUGGUAUACAUGGGUAGUAACUCAAGCAGCCCUGACCCGAGCUCGUUGUGUUUGGAGGGUACUCUGGAUCGGCGUAUGGUUGCAGGAAAGAUUGUGAUAUGUGACCGAGGCAUUAGUCCACGUGUGCAGAAGGGUCAGGUGGUGAAAGACGCCGGAGGGGUGGGAAUGGUUCUUUCAAACACAGCUUCAAAUGGAGAAGAACUAGUGGCAGAUUGCCACCUUCUUCCUGCAGUUGCAGUAGGAGAAACAGAAGGGAAAGCACUUAAGAAUUAUGUGUUAACAAGUCCAAAAGCCACUGCAAAUCUAGCCUUUCUUGAUACUCGGCUAGGGAUUCGGCCAUCUCCGGUGGUGGCGGCAUUUUCAUCUAGAGGACCGAAUUUUCUUAGCCUCGAAAUUCUGAAGCCUGAUGUGGUGGCCCCAGGGGUGAACAUUCUUGCUGCUUGGACUGGAGACACGGGUCCGUCAAGUUUACCGACAGAUCGCCGGAGAGUGAAGUUUAACUUGCUGUCUGGAACUUCCAUGUCAUGCCCUCAUGUGAGUGGGGUUGCUGCAUUGCUCAAGGCAAGGCACCCAGAUUGGAGUCCGGCAGUAAUAAAAUCUGCCCUGAUGACCACAGCUUAUGUCCACGAUAACACUGGUAAUCCUCUAAGAGAUUCAUCAACAGCUGCACCUUCAAGCCCAUAUGAUCAUGGAGCCGGACACAUUAACCCAAUAAAGGCGCUUGACCCUGGUUUGGUGUAUGACAUUAAGGCUCAGGAUUACUUCGAAUUCCUCUGCACGCAGAGCCUAACUCCAGCCCAGCUGAAAUUCUUCUCAAACAGAUCUUGCCAACACUCUCUUGCCAAUCCAGGGGACUUGAACUACCCCUCUAUCUCAGCUGUGUUCCCAGAGAAAGCAUCCAUCACUACUCUGACCCUUCACAGAACUGUCACAAAUGUUGGCCCUGCAGUUUCGAAUUACCACGUCGUAGUCUCACCGUUUAAAGGUGCUUCAGUUCAAGUCAAGCCAAAGACCCUGCAUUUUACCAGGAAGUAUCAAAAAAUAUCUUAUAAGAUCACCUUCACUACAGUAUCUCGGCAAACAGUACCUGAGUUUGGAGGCUUGGUAUGGAAGGAUGGAGUACACAGGGUGAGGAGCCCAAUUGUUAUUACGUGGCUGCCACCCCUUUGAAUCAUGCACUGGAGAUUUUUUAUAUAGAUCUUUAUGGUUCUAGUUCUGCAGCUACAAUAAACAAAUGUUCUGUUAAGAUCCAACUAGUUCAGUCCUUCUCAAUCAAGAAAUGUUUAACCGCCUUUAUUUCUUCUUACAA